AUGGCCGGUCGCGGGUGGGGUGUGCUGUGGGUGUGCGUGGCGGCUGCCACCCUGCUGCACGCGGGAGGGCUGGCCCACGGCGACUGCUGGCUGAUUGAGGGUGACAAGGGGUUCGUGUGGCUGGCCAUCUGCAGCCAGAACCAGCCUCCCUACGAGGCCAUCCCGCAGCAGAUCAACAACACCAUCGUGGAUCUGCGGCUCAACGAGAACCGCAUCCGCAGUGUGCAGUACGCCUCGCUGAGCCGCUUCGGCAACCUCACGUACCUCAACCUCACCAAGAACGAGAUCGGCUACAUCGAGGACGGCGCCUUCUCGGCCCAGUUCAACCUGCAGGUGUUGCAGCUGGGCUACAACCGGCUGCGCAACCUMACGGAGGGCAUGCUGCGGGGCCUGAGCAAGCUGGAGUACCUGUACCUGCAGGCCAACCUCAUCGAGGUGGUCAUGGCCAGCGCCUUCUGGGAGUGUCCCAACAUCGUCAACAUCGACCUGUCCAUGAACCGCAUCCAGCAGCUGAGCAGCGGCACCUUCGUGGGCCUGGCCAAGCUGUCCGUGUGCGAGCUGUACAGCAACCCCUUCUACUGCUCCUGCGAGCUGCUGGGCUUCCUGCGCUGGCUGGCCGCCUUCACCAACGCCACGCAGACCUACGACCGCAUGCAGUGCGAGUCGCCGCCCGUCUACUCCGGCUACUACCUGCUGGGCCAGGGCCGCCAGGGCCAGCGCAGCAUCCUCAGCAAGCUGCAGUCUGUCUGCACGGAGGACUCCUACGGGGCCGCAGCCGAGGUGAUGGGGCCCCGCCUGGUGCCAGGUCGCUCACAGCUGGGGCGCUCACCGCCACCACCGCCACCACCCGAGCCCAGCGACGUGCCCUGUGCCUACGACGAAUGCUUCUCCGGCGACGGCACCACCCCCCUGGUGGCCACGCUGGCCACCCAGGCCGAGGCCCGUCCCCUCAUUAAGGUCAAGCAGCUGACCCAGAACUCGGCCACCAUCACCGUCCAGCUGCCCAGCCCCUUCAACCGCAUGUACACGCUGGAGCAGUACAACAACAGCAAGCCCUCCACCGUGUCCAAGCUGACCCAGGCCCAGGAGGAGAUCCGCCUGACCAACCUGUACACGCUCACCAACUACACCUACUGCGUGGUGUCCACCAGCUCCGGGACCCAGCACAACCACACAUGCCUCACCAUCUGCCUGCCCAAGCCGCCCAGCCCACCUGGGCCGGUGCCCAGCCCCUCCACGGCCACCCACUACAUCAUGACCAUCCUGGGCUGCCUCUUCGGCAUGGUGCUGGUGCUGGGUGCCGUGUACUACUGCCUGCGCAGGCGGAGGCGCCAGGAGGAAAAGCACAAGAAGGCAGCGGCAGCGGCGGCCGCCGGCAGCCUGAAGAAGACCAUCAUCGAGCUCAAGUAUGGGCCAGAGAUGGAGGCGCCUGGCCUGGCUCCGCUGUCCCAAGGCCCACUGCUGGGCCCUGAGGCUGUGACCCGCAUCCCGUACCUGCCCGCCGCCACUGGCGAGGUGGAGCAGUACAAGCUGGUGGAGAGCGGAGAGACGCCCAAGGCCAGCAAGGGCAACUACAUCGAGGUGCGCACGGGGGAGGCUCCGGAGCGCAGGGACUGCGAGCUGGGCCGGCAGGGCCCGGACAGCCAGAGCUCCGUGGCUGAGAUCUCCACCAUCGCCAAGGAGGUGGACAAAGUCAACCAGAUCAUCAACAACUGCAUCGAUGCGCUCAAGUCCGAGUCCACCGCCUUCCAGGGUGUCAAGUCCGGGGCUGUGUCCACAGCCGAGCCGCAGCUGGUGCUGCUGUCGGAGCCGCUGGCCGGCAAGCACAGCUUCCUGUCGCCCAGGUACAAGGACGCCUUCAGCCACGGCCUGCAGCGGCACCACAGCGUGGAGACSGCGCCGGGGCCCCCGCGGGCCAGCACCUCCUCCAGUGGCGGCUCCACACGCAGCCCGCGGGCCUUCCGGGCCGAGGCCUCAGGUGUGCACAAGGCGGCCGAGGCCAAGUACAUCGAGAAGAGCUCACCAGCAGCCGACACCAUCCUCACUGUGACGCCCGCGGCCGCCGUGCUGCGGGCAGAGGCCGAGAAGGGCCGGCAGUACGGCGAGCACCGGCACUCGUACCCCGGCUCGCACCCGGCCGAGCCCCCGGCACCGCCCCCGCCCCCGCCCGCCCACGAGGGCCUGGGUGGACGCAAGGCGUCCAUCCUGGAGCCCCUGACCCGGCCGCGGCCCCGCGACCUGGCCUACUCGCAGCUGUCCCCACAGUACCACAACCUGAGCUACUCCUCCAGCCCCGAGUACACCUGCAGGGCCACCCAGAGCAUCUGGGAGCGCUUCAGACUGAGCCGUCGGCGGCACAAGGACGAGGAGGAGUUCAUGGCCGCCGGCCACGCCCUGCGCAAGAAGGUCCAGUUCGCCAAAGACGAGGAUCUGCAUGACAUCCUGGACUACUGGAAGGGCGUGUCCGCCCAGCACAAGUCCUGA